UCGUCGGUAAAGCUGACAGGAUCUGAAAUGAUCAAUAAAUUUCGUAUCACGUGAAUGUAGAAUCGUCGAGAAAGUAGGAAAAUCCCGAUGCAGAUUCUUUAUGACUACGAUUGGACUGUUCUCCAGUGACGUUCGCCGUCUCGAAGGCGGCUAAAGGAGAAGGGGAGAAGAAGUUGCGGCAGAAACUGUCGAAGAACGACGACGCAUUUAAAUGGCCGGUCGCGUGUUGCUGUGGAUUCAGUUUCCUCGUCGGCUUCUCGAAAUCCGAUUGAAUUUCGUGUUUUUACACCUGUGUAUAGACCUGCCUUGAUUCGUCUGUUAAUUUCCACCCACUAUCGUGCAAGACACUUGGCGAAGAAGCAAACUUUUCUUUCGAUAAACAAUUCCUCGUAUUAUAUGAAAUUUGGCUGAUUUUUUUUUUUUCCGGUUUAUUUCAUCGAGCAAACGAUGUGUCGCGGAUGCAAGAACAAGUAACUCUCGUCAAGAGACCAAAAAUCAAUUUUCAAGAACGAUUGAGAACCCGGUCGCAAUUGGAGUAUAACGGAUCCGAUCUACAACGUAGGAUUUUAGAAUGAACAAAUCAAACGAUACGGGAGAUGGGAAUCAAGGUAAUCAAUCGGAAGGAUAUGUGAAUCAUGCUUUGAGCGGAUCUGGGGAUAGUUUAAAUCUUAAUCACUCGAAUAACUCUCAAAUUCUACGGAAUUCUUUUGCAAACCACCAAGAAAUACAAGGUUCAUCAGAUUUUAUUCUGGUUACAGAAUCUGGGGAUGAUGAGAUCCACCACAAUGAUAAUUCUAUACACACAGUAUUGCGAUUCGUAAGGCGACGAUGUAGGUCGAUUUGCACAAAGAAAACUGUUUACAAAAGACUGCCAAUUUUAAACUGGUUACCAAGGUACAAUGGACAGGAUGCAAUCGGCGAUCUCGUUGCCGGUGUCACCGUAGGUUUAACUGUGAUUCCACAAUCAUUAGCGUACGCUAAUGUAGCCGGUCUACCACCCCAGCAUGGAUUAUAUGGUAGCAUUUUAGGCUGCUUUAUUUAUAUUAUAUUUGGGUCCUGUAAGGAUGUACCACUUGGGCCCACUGCCAUUAUUUCUUUGCUUACUUACCAGACAGUAGCACAUCUUGAUGCACCGGUGGAGCAUGCUAUUCUUCUUUGCUUUUUGGCUGGAGUAAUAGAAUUAGUAAUGGGUAUAUUUGGUCUUGGAUUUUUAAUUGAUUUUGUAUCAGGUCCGGUUAGUUCAGGGUUUACAUCAGCGGUAGCUUUAAUAAUUGUCACCUCACAAAUAAAAGAUAUCCUUGGUGUUCCUGCAAGGGGAUCGCAAUUCCUUGAAAUGUGGAAAAGCAUUAUUGGAUGUAUACACGAAACUUCAGCUUGGGAUGCUACACUUGGAGCAUCUUGUAUAGCAUUUCUAUUACUUUUCAGGCUUCUAGCAUCAUAUAAUAUAGGUCCUAAAGAUAAAGAACAGCAAAAUUCAAAAUAUCAUGCUAUAAAUAAACUCAUUUGGUUAAUUGGUACAUCACGAAAUGCGCUUCUCGUGAUUCUUUGCGGCUUUUUAGGAUACAGUUUCCGCACAGAAAGCCCCUUCAAAUUGGUUGGAUACAUACCGGCAGGUAUGCCAGCAGUACAGUUACCACCUUUUAGUUAUACAAGAAAUGACAAUACAACAGCAACUUUUGUUGAUAUGGUUUCAAAUUUGGGAAGUGGUAUUCUCGUUUUACCACUUAUUUCAUUAAUGGAAGAUAUUGCUAUUUGCAAAGCUUUUUCAACUGGAAAAUCAGUUGACGCUACGCAAGAAUUAAUAGCAAUUGGAAUGUCAAAUAUUGGUAAUUCUUUUGUCCAGGCUUUUCCUAGUUCAGGAUCUCUUAGUAGAAGUGCAGUAAACAAUGCAUCUGGAGUUAGAACGCCAAUGGGAGGGAUUUAUACUGGUACUUUGGUAAUAAUAGCUCUUUUCUUUCUCACACCAUACUUCAGCUAUAUUCCAAAGGCUACAUUAGCAGCAAUCAUUAUAGCUGCUGUAAUAUUUAUGGUGGAAGUUAAAGUUGUAAAGCCAAUGUGGAGAACAAAAAAGUCGGAUUUAAUUCCCGGAUUAGGAACGUUUAUUGCAUGCUUAUUGUUACAAUUAGAAAUUGGAAUUUUAUGUGGUAUUGGAAUAAAUAUCUUAUUCAUUCUGUACCAUGCAGCUCGACCGAAAAUAUCUGUAGAAAAGCUUACCACCCGACACGGUACUCAAUAUCUUAUGUUAACACCAGAUCGAUGUUUAAUUUUCCCAUCGGUAGAUUAUGUCCGAAAUUUGGUAACGAAAUACAGUCAACGAGCUGGGAACGUGGCAACCCCCGUUGUAAUCGAUUGUUCUCAUAUUUAUGGUGCCGAUUUUACUGCGGCCACAGUAAUCGAAACUUUAACGAAAGAUUUCGCGUCAAGAGGGCAACCAUUGUUUUUCUAUAAUUUAAAACCUUCGGUUUAUACAGUAUUUGAGGGGGUUGCAUCAACUGACUUUGUCGUAUACUAUACUCAGGAGGCGCUGGACGAUCUCCUAAAAGACAGAGGAUACUUAAAACAAAUUAAAUAGAAUACGUUAUUUAUGUACCUUAAAUUACAUAAUACGAAUUGGAUUACCACAUUAUUUUACGUUAACAGUAGAACCGGUUGUUCAAUAACAUCAUUCUUAUUAUAGAUUUUAUAGGAAGAAGUAUAACACAGAUACUUCUUAUUUUUUCAUUACAUAUUUCCAUUAAUUUUCAACGAAUCGUACCGGGCAUCAUCGCAUUUUAUAUUUAAGAAUGCAUUAAAAUUAAUGUAAUAUUUAUAUUAAAUACAUUACAGUAUAGACAUUUUUAAUGAA